AUGGAUAUCCUACUUCUCAUCACAGUUUUCCUCUUCCUCAUCCCCAUCUUCCUUCUCCUUGCAAGAAGAAAAAAGACAUCAAAUAGGCUUCCUCCAGGCUCACUAGGGAUGCCCAUAAUAGGCCAGAGCCUUGGCCUUCUCAGAGCCAUGCGUGUCAAUACUGCUGAAAAAUGGCUUGAAGAAAGAAUCAGAAAGUAUGGUUCAGUUUCGAAGCUAAGUCUCUUUGGGAAACCAACAGUCUUCAUUCAUGGACAGGCUGCAAACAAGUUUAUAUUCACCGCUGAUGGCAGCACCAUUACCAGCCAACAAACGGAGUCUAUUCGUAUGAUUUUGGGUGACCGGAAUAUACUGGAGAUGAGGGGCAAUGAUCACAAGCGUUUAAGAAAUGCUCUUAUGUUGUUCUUGAAGCCUGAGUCACUGAAGCAAUAUGUUGGAAAAAUGGACAAAGAAACCAGGAAGCAUCUUGAGACGCAUUGGCAUGGCAAGCAACAAGUAAAAGCCUUGCCCCUGAUGAAGAUUCUCACGUUCAACAUAAUGUGCUCUCUGCUUUUCGGGCUUGAACAAGGAACUCGCAGAGACGAACUUGUGGAGUGUUUCCAACAAAUGAUAGAAGGAAUGUGGUCAGUCCCAGUUAACUUUCCGUUCACGCGUUACAACAGCAGCCUCAAGGCUAGCAAGAGGGUUCAAAACAUGAUCAAGGAACUCAUAUCCGAAAAGAGAGCGGAACUUGAGCAGAAAACUAUUUCUCCACUCCAAAACCUUGUCACUUGCUUGCUUAGCAUCCGAAAUGAUGACAACGAAGAAGUUAUAACAGAAAAAGAAAUCUUGCACAAUAUCAUGCUAAUUAUGGUUGCAGGACAUGACACUUCAUCUGUUGUGCUUACUUUUCUUUUUCGGUCUCUAGCUAACGAGCCAGCUGUUUAUGAAGCCCUUCUUCAGGAGCAAGAAGAAAUAGCUAAAAGCAAAUCCCCAGGAGAGUUUCUGACAUGGGAAGACCUUGCCAAGAUGAAGUACACGUGGAGAGUAGCAAUGGAAACUAUGAGAAUAACUCCUCCUGUUUUUGGUGGCUUCAGGAAGGCCUUGAAAGACAUUGAUUUUGAUGGCUUCCUCAUCCCCAAAGGGUGGCAAAUAUUCUGGGCUACUUCUAUGACACACAUGGACGAUAGCGUUUUCCCGGAGCCAUCAAAGUUUGAUCCAACUAGGUUCGAGAACCAAGCAUCAGUUCCACCCUACAACUUCAUUCCAUUCGGAGCGGGGCAUCGAGUAUGUCCAGGAUACGAGUUUGCCAGGAUUGAAAUACUUGUUGUAAUUCAUUAUAUGGUAACUCAGUUCACAUGGAAGCUCUGUGCAGACAACAAAUUCAGUAGGGAUCCCAUGCCUGUACCUACUCAAGGACUGCCCUUAGAAAUCAGGCCAAGGAAACCUUAUUAA